AUGGAUUCUCAGGGACGAAAAGUAAUUGUAGUAGACAAUGGGUCAGGCGUAAGUUACAUUUUAAUGAUUUAAUUAUAGUCAAUAAUGACGUUUUGUCUAUAUUAUUCUUGAUUUAUCCUUUUCCAGUUUGUGAAAUGCGGAUAUGCGGGUACCAACUUUCCUGAACACAUAUUCCCGUCGAUGGUGGGAAGGCCGUUAGUGAGGUCGAGUCAGCGGAUCAACAACAUCCAGAUAAAGGAUCUUAUGGUUGGAGAAGAGUGUACAGAGCUGAGACAGUACCUCGAUGUGACAUAUCCUAUGGAAAACGGUAUUGUGAGGAACUGGGAGGAUAUGGCUCAUGUCUAUGAUUAUACAUUUGGUCCAGAGAAGCUUGAUAUUGAUCCACAGGUAUGUUUUUGUUGUUUGUUUUAAAUUUGAUGUUUAGGAAUGUAAACUACUGCUGACCGAACCGCCAAUGAACCCACAUAAGAACAGGGAGAAGAUGUUCGAAGUAAUGUUCGAACAAUACGGCUUUAAUGCUGUGUAUGUGGCUGUACAGGUAAUAUAUUAGUUUUUGUUAUUUUUAUAUAGUUUGUGAACAGUUUCAAAUAUUUUUGAAUGAAAGCUUAUUAUUACCUAAAAUGAAGUAUGGAAAAAAGUUAAUUACAAUAAUUGUUUCAGGCUGUUCUUACAUUGUACGCUCAAGGAUUGUUAACAGGUGUUGUGGUGGAUUCUGGUGAUGGAGUAACACAUAUCUGUCCAGUAUUUGGAGGUAUUGCCCUUCAACAUCUGAAUCAACGGUUAGAUGUUGCUGGACGAGAUAUAACCAAGUAUCUGAUCAAAGUAGGUCUUUAUUGUUUGUAUUAUGUUUCAGUGAGAUUUUGAAAUUGCGUUUUUUAAAGCGCAUUAUAGUUAAUAUUACUAUAACUUCAAUUUAGCUGCUGUUACUUCGUGGAUACGCAUUUAAUCAUUCCGCUGACUUCGAGACAAUCAGACAGUUGAAAGAAAAGCUGUGUUAUGUUGCUUAUGAUGUUGAACAAGAACAAAAGUUGGCAUUAGAAACGACAGUGUUAACACAGUCUUACACUGUAAGUUACUGAAAUCUAAUUUGAUUGUUGUUUAGUUACCAGAUGGUCGAACAAUUCGAGUUGGAGGUGAGAGGUUUGAAGCUCCAGAGGUCUUAUUUCAACCACAUCUAAUUGAUGUUGAAAAGGCUGGAGUGUCUGAAUUAAUCUUCAACGCGAUCCAAGGAGCUGAUAUGGGUAUGGUUUUUGUUAAAACAUACUUUAUUGUGUUUGAUUAGCAAUUUAAUUUUAAUGUUUUUUUUAAAUAUAUUUUGAAUUGUAUCUAAGAUUGAUAUUUUUGAUGAAUAAUGCAUUAUCACGGUCAUAUAUUUGAGUUUUAGAUUGUCGACUGGACCUGUUCAAACAUAUUGUUUUGUCUGGUGGAUCGACUAUGUAUCCGGGAUUGCCCAGUCGUUUAGAAAAGGACUUAAAACAGCUAUAUCUACAUCAUGUUUUAAGGGGAAACACUGAAAACUUCCAUGUAAGUGUGCUUGAGGUUAUUGAAGUACAAAACUGGUUCUUUGUGUGUAAAAAUAUUUGUGAUUUAUAUUAAUUAUUAGAAAGAAUCGAACUAUUCUUUACAGAAAUUCAAAAUAAGAAUCGAAGCUCCACCACGCAGGAAACACAUGGUAUUCUUGGGAGGCGCUGUACUGGCACAUUUAAUGAGGGACAGAAAUGAGGUUAGUUUAGUUGCUUUAAAAGUUUUAUAUGAUAUAUCGAAAACCAUCUAUAAGUCAGUAAAAUACUUCGAAGAUAACCUGAGAAGAAGGGCUUUUAUAAAAUACUAAAAAAAUGAUAAAGCUGUAUACAACAACGAUAAAGAAAUUAUAACGAUAAAGAAAAAAGAGUUUUGCAUUUUCAGGACUUCUGGAUCACAAAAGCCACCUACGAAGAGAAGGGCCUAAAUCAUUGCAUGGAGCAGAUCCGAAUCCGCUAA